CUUAGUUUUGAAUGUACGUAGACGUACAUAGUUGGGGUAGUGGUUUAUCAAAAAUCCCAAACACACAUACGACCGACUGACAGACCAAACACUCACUACAAGAAGUACGAUUGAACCUAGUACUAGUAUUUAAUAGUUAACGGCGCUGUUUGAGGUUGACUUCGUUGUAAAAAAACUAAAGGAGCUGCUGCUAGUGGCGCUGCUAUCGCCCAACUUUAACUCAAAUAGACAAACGAUACCAAAAUGAUCACAAAACUAAAUUUGCUGUUCGUUAUUCGACAACAACAACUCAUUGCGAUCAGCAGAGACCCCUGAACAGACGGACAAAGAAAUUUAAAGAAAAAAGACGCGAAAAUUAACAAAUUUGUUUGAAUACAAACGUCUAGUAGUACUAAACGGACAGACAAACAAAUAGCACGCGCAAUAUUCAAAAUAUUUAAGUGUGGCCGUUAUUUUUUUGCUUUAAAAAAAAAUUAAGUUUUCAAACUCCUUAACAAGUUAAAUGAAGAAAAACACAACAAAAAACUAAACAAAUUACUCAAUCCAAAAUAUUAAUCAAAUCAUAAUACAAAUAUUCGUUGGCACUAAAUAAUAAAAAUAAUAACAAAAAAAAAAUUAUAAAAGUGGGAAGUUGUAAAUUAUCUAUGAAUGAAAACGUAAAAAAAAUAUGAAAAACAAAAAAGUGCCUACGAGCAAGUGUUUUAUGGAUUUUUAAAGAAAAACAAAAUUGUGUAAAAAACAAAAAUACUCAAAUUACUCCAGACAAGAUUUACCACUGAAAGACAUAAACACUUUUAUCGAAAAAUGUAUAAAAAUUAAAAUUAAUUUUAUUGCUGAAUUUAAAAAUAAAUUAAGUAAAAACUGCUUAACAAAAAAAAAAAAAAUUCCAAUAAAUUUUUAAGACCGUAACAAAGAAACAUUUAAAACAUCUUUAAGAAAACAACAAGAAAAAAAACUGUCAAAAUACCACAAAAAUUAAACAGUCAAAACUAAACAAAAUAACAUUAAAAACAUUCCAAAAUAUAAACAAACGUUUAAAGAAAAUAAUACUAUACAUUAAAUAGUAGUGAUCGUAAAUGUGUGACCAUAAACAUUUAAAUAUAAACGUGAGUGGUAAUUGUUGCUGUGGCUGCUGCUGCCGCCACUGUUGCUGUUGAAAUAUUGUAACCGAUCAACUGGGCAAAUAUGCGUUCAUAUCAGCGCGGUUUCUUUUGUGCCGACCUAACCAUACGCUAUCCAUAUCAUGAGUGCACAAUAACCGUGCCCAUGCUAUUGGUCUGCAUGCUACUGCUGCCCAUGUUGUUCCUUAGCGUGGUGGAGAUUAUGCGGUUGUGUCAUAACUUUCGCAUGCGCCAAUAUCUGCGUAAUGUUACCUUCAGUUUGGGUUGUUUUAGUUUUGGUUUUAUAGCUACUUAUCUGUCCACGGAAUUGGCCAAGAAUGUUGUCAGACGUUUAAGGCCCCACUUUUAUACGGCCUGUCGUCCACAACUUAAUGAUGGUUCCACUUGUGAGGAGGCCAAAAAUCGUAAUCUCUUUGUGGAGCAAUACUACUGUUCAAAUCGUAAUCUAACCGCUUUACAGUUAAGAGAGUUGUAUGUGUCAUUUCCCAGUGCCCAUUCGUCGCUGUCAUUUUAUGCCAUGUUAUUUUUGGCCUUUUAUUUACAUGCCAUAUGGCGCGGUGGACGCGGCAUACAGCGUGUCUUACGUCAUCUAUUGCAGUUUCUAUUUCUCUCGAUGGCCUGGUUUAUUUCGCUCAGUCGUGUGGCCGACUAUUGGCAUCACUGGUCGGACGUGUUGGCCGGUGCGGUAAUGGGUAUCAUUUAUGCCACACUAACCGCCUUGUAUGUGGGUAGAUUUUUGCAAAUAAAUUCUCACACAAAUAAAAUCACCAGCUCUCUGCCGCCUCAUGGCAAUUGUAACUUUAACUUGCAACAUUGUACAACGGCAGUCGUUGGUGGUGGAGUUGUGUCCAACAAGUUGAAAUCAAAUUUGAAAAAGUCAUCAUUACAACAUGUACCCUCGAGCGUUAGUUUCAGUCAGACUCUGCAACAAUUGCAGUUGCAACAGACUGAAGAUCAAACCUCCGCCCCGACUACAGCUUUAUCAUCAUCAUCAUUACAGGCAUCGUUGGUAGCCGCCAAAGAGCAUCUUAUACGUAAUGAAUCUAAUGAAUGUGUAUGGAAAUCGGGAACAUAGUGUGGAAUCAGCAGAAAAAAAAAUACAUGAAAAAUAAAACGUAUAAAGUUACUUUGUCUGUUAUUGCAUUCAACUCUUUUUUUGUUUAGUACUUUUUAAGUCCAUUAUUUAUUUAUUGUUGUUACUUCUAGUGCUGAUGCUGCUGCUGUAGAAAAAAAUUCUUGUGGAUUUAGUUCUUUAGUUUUUUUUCCAUGUCGAUUUUUUUUGUAUGCCAACAAUUAUUGUAAUUGAGAAAUUAUUAUGAUGUGUAUUGAAAUGUGAUAACCUUUUUUAUUUUGUAUUUUUCUAUCUUUAUAUUUAUUUAUAAGUAUCUGUUUUCCCAAAGGCAGUAGAGAUUAAAAUGAUGGCACAAUUUUAUUACAGAAAAGUUCAUCACAAGUUUUCUAUAACAAAGAUUCUCACAAUAUGAGCAAAAUCUUGACAGAAGAGAGCUUCACAAUGUGAACAACUUUUCUAUAGAGAAGUUCAUCAUAAUGUGAAUUUUCUGUUGAAAAUUUCUUCAUAAUAUGAACAACUUUUCUAUAAAAAAGAUCACCACAAUGUGAACAACUUUCUAUAGAAAAGAUCACCACAAUGUGAGCAACUUUUCUAUAAAAAAGAUCACCACAAAGCGAGCAACUUCUCUAUAAAAAAGAUCACCACAAUGUGAACAACUUUUCUAUAGAAAAGUUCAUCAUAAUAUGAACAACUUUUCUGUAGAAAAGUUCUUCAUAAUAUUUACAACUUUUCUAUAGAAUAGAUCAUCAUAAUAUGAACAACUUUUCUAUAGAAAAGUUCAUCAUAAUAUGAACAACUUUUCUAUAGAAAAGUUUAUCAUAAUAUGAACAACUUUUCUAUAGAAAAGUUCAUCAUAAUAUGAACAACUUUUCUAUAGAAAAGUUCAUCAUAAUAUGAACAACUUUUCUAUAGAAAAGUUCAUCAUAAUAUGAACAACUUUUCUAUAGAAAAGUUCAUCCAAAUUUGAUCAACUUUUGUAGAGAAAAGUUCAUCCAAAUUUGAUAAAAUUUUGUAUAGAAAAGUUCAUCCAAAUUAGAUCAACUUUUGUAUAGAAAAGUUCAUCCAAAUUUGAUCAGCUUUUUUAUAGAAAAGUUCAUCCAUAUUUGAUCAACUUUUGUACAGAAAAGUUCAUCCAAAUUUGAUCAACUUUUGUACAGAAAAGUUCAUUUAAAUUUGAUCCCCUUUUCUAUAGAAAAGUUCAUCCAAAUUUGAUCAACUUUUUUAUAGAAAAGUUCAUCCAAAUUUGAUCAACUUUUUUAUAGAAAAGUUCAUCCAAAUUUGAUCAAAUUUUGUAUAGAAAAGUUUAUCCAAAUUAGAUGAAGUUUCGUAUAGAAAAGUUCAUCCAAAUUUGAUCAACUUUUGUAUAGAAAAGUUCAUCCAAAUUUGAUCAAAUUUUGUAUGGAAAAGUUCAUCCAAAUUUUAUCAUCUUUUAUAUAGAAAAGUUCAUCCAAAUUUGAUCAACUUUUGUAUAGAAAAGUUAAUUAAAAUUUGAUCAACUUUUCUAUAGAAAAGUUCAUUCAAAUUUGAUCAACUUUUGUAAAGAAAAGUUCAUCCAAAUUUGAUCAACUUUUGUAUAGAAAAGUUCAUCCAAAUUUGAUCAACUUUUGUAUAGAAAAGUUCAUCCAAAUUUGAUCAACUUUUGUAGAGAAAAGUUCAUCCAAAUUUGAUAAAAUUUUGUAUAGAAAAGGUCAUCCAAAUUUGAUCAACUUUUGUACAGAAAAGUUCAUCCAAAUUUUAUCAAAUUUUGUAUAGAAAAGUUUAUCCAAAUUAGAUGAAGUUUCGUAUAGAAAAGUUCAUCCAAAUUUGAUCAACUUUUGUGUAGAAAAGUUCAUCCAAAUUUGAUAAACUUUUGUAUAGAAAAGUUCAUCCAAAUUUUAUCAACUUUUGUAUAGAAUAGAUCAUCCGAAUUUGAUCAACUUUUGUAUAGAAAAGUUUAUCCAAAUUUGAUCAACUUUUUUAUAGAAAAGUUCAUCCAAAUUUGAUCAACUUUUGCAUAGAAAAGUUCAUCGAAAUUUGUUGUUUUGCAGUUCUCUCGAAUAGUUGUACUGAUCAGGUUCUCUCCAAGAAAUUCUCUCUCAAUCUUGCCAAGUGUUAUUGAGAUAUUGUUUGCUAUCAUUUUAACCACUACUGUCUUAUACCUAUAUGUAAUAGUAUACAUAUCUGUAUGCUAUUAUAUAUAUUUUUUUUAUUAUAUAUGCCAAUUUAUGAUGCAUAUAAUUUUUUAUGAUAAUUUAUAUAUUUUUUUAUUUAUAUUUUGUUGUUAUUUAUUCUAUAUAAAGAUAUAAAUUUCAAUAAGAAACAAUGUGAAUAUGAUGCUUUUUUUUAUAGGAUGUGUUAAAAUAUAUAGAGACAUUUAUGGACAAAGAAUAGUGAUUG